GUGGCAGCCACGCAGGCGCAGGCUAACAAAUAAACAAGACAGACAAGUUUAUCUGCUCCACCUGUACAGUACAGGUGCUGGCCUUUCGCCUCUACAAUGGAACUGCUACUCCCUGCAACGGAAAUUAUGUCAAUUACUAGAUUCCAGACAUCUAUCAAGGACCAGCACUUGGAAAAGCUUUCUUUAAAUGUUUUCUUUAAUGUUCAAGCUCAAAAGAGGUGUAAAGUUCUUUGUUUGGCUUCGAGGGAGAGACGUGGCUUUGGGCCUCAGCCUACAGAGAAAGACAAGAUUAACAAAGUCAAGGCCCCAAGAGAGGAAAUGGGUAUUGCAUCUCAACCAAGAAAAUCAACAUCCAAACAAUCUGGAACAAUACCUAGUCAGGCACCUGGGUUAAGUAGUCAAUCAGAUGGAAGAUCAAGCAAUAUUGUCUUAGAUCGUCAAUUUGAGGAACGGUUGGAAGCGGUUAGAAGGUCUGCAAUCAAGCAGAAAAAAGCAGAGGAAAUCAAACAAUAUGGAACAAUCGACUAUGAUGCUCCUGUUGAGUCAGGGCAGAGUACAAUUGGAUUUGGUACCAAGGUUGGAGUAGGGGUAGCUGUUGUGGUCUUCGGUUUGGUUUUUGCUCUUGGGGACUUUCUUCCUUCCGGAAGUGUUAAUCCCACUGAGGAGACUGCAGUGGUUGAAAAGAAACUUACGGAAGAAGAGAAGACAACUCUUAAGACUAGGCUGCAAGAAUAUGAGGCAAUGCUUGGAAACUCCCCAAAGGAUCCAAUUGCUCUUGAAGGAGCUGCAGUAACCUUAGUAGAACUAGGAGAAUAUGGUCGAGCUGCUUCUUUUCUUGAUGAUUUGACCAAGGAAAGUCCUAGUGAUCCUGAAGCUUAUCGUUUACUUGGAGAAGUGAAGUAUGAGCUCAAGGAUUAUGAAGGGAGUGCUUCUGCCUAUAGGAGUUCUGCAUCUGUUUCUAAAACUGUUAACUUUGAAAUUCUGCGUGGUCUUACAAACACAUUGCUUGCUGCUAAGAAACCAGAUGAGGCUGUUCAAGUUCUUUUGAAAGCUCGUGAGCAGCUGAAAAUGGGAAACUUAAAUGGUGGUGAUGUUCAAGUUGAUGCUGGUAAUAAUCUGGCAACAGAGAUGCAAAAGGUUGACCCCAUUCAGGUUGAGUUGCUUCUUGGAAAGGCCUAUUCUGAUUGGGGGCACAUUAGUGAUGCUGUGUCAGUUUAUGAGCAGUUGAUUUCUACUCACCCUGAUGAUUUCCGAGGAUACUUAGCAAAGGGAAUAAUUUUGAAAGAAAAUGGUAAAGUUGGAGAUGCAGAGAGGAUGUUUAUUCAGUGCUUAUGUGCAGGCACGGUUCUUUGCACCAGAGAAAGCGAAGGCACUUGUUGAUCGGUAUUCAAGACGAUGACCAUUAGACUUAGAGCAUUGAAUUGCUCAAUUGCUACAGCAAUGUGCUCUCAAGAAUGUUCUGUGCAGCAAAUAGGAUGAAGAGUACUCAAUCUUUGUGAUAUUGUAUAUUGGUAAGCUUGGCAAUUUCAACCCACCCAUUUUAACAUAUUUUUGUGCCAGACCUUGUAGAAAGUUAUUGGUGUUAAUGAUAAACAAAUAUUUUAAGUUUCCAAUUUUGGUGUUCUAAUUUGGUGUCUUUGCCCUUCUUUUGGGGUUCUUAUUGGACUUUGUAUCACUAAAAUGGAUAAUGAUAUAAU